UGGUUCAUGAUUAGAAAUGUCCAGGUGUGCUUUGUGGACCACUUUAGGAGACAAGAAGGUGGUUGUGCUGCCACUGUCUAUGAGCCUUGUGCUAAGCAAGCCUGGAAGGGGCUGGCUGCCUCGCCGUCGCCGCCGCGAUGAGCCACCGGAGGCGAUCUAAUGCCACCGGCCCGCCGCCUCCUGAGGGCGUCGGCGACUCAUCCACCGCACAAGCCUCGUCGACGGAGAAGGAGAGGCCGGAUCCGCCGUCCGUGUUGGGAUCGGAGCGAAGGGUGCUUGCGCUGGCGCUGGCCUUCCGCGCGGCGAACGCGCUGCUGGUGCGCACCUACUUCAACCCCGACGAGCACUGGCAGUGCCUCGAGGUCGCCCACCGCAUCGUCUUCGGGUAUGACCACCUUACUUGGGAGUGGAAGAGGGGUCUCCGAAGUUACCUCCAUCCGUUGGUCUUUGCUGCGCUUUACAAGAUUCUGGCCCUGCUCCACUUGGAUACCCCAUGGUUUAUGGUUAUGGCUCCACGUCUUCUACAAGCAGUCUUUGCAUCUUUUGGGCAUCUCUACUUAUAUAAACUUUCGAAACUCAUUUUCAAUAAUCAUGUUGCCCAGUGGGCCUUAUUUUCGCAGCUGGUUAACUGGUUCAUGCUCUUCUGUAUCACGUGUACUCUCUCAAACAGCAUGGAGACAGUUUUGACUAUUACUGGACUUUACUAUUGGUUUGUUGCAAUAGAGUCUUCGAAAGGAACUUUGGUUGUUCCAAGGCAGAAGCCUGCUAGCAAGCAAAGCCCUCCAUCAAGAAAAAUGGCUCUACUCAUAGCUGCCUUAGCUUGUGCUAUUCGGCCAACAAGUGCCAUAACAUGGCUAUAUGUUGGUCUUUUGGAUUUUAUUCAGACGAAAUCGAAAUCCCGGUUUCUCUUUCUCGAGGUUAUUCCACUAGGGGUCUUUGUCCUUGCUGUGACAACAUUUCUUGAUUGUUGGAUGUAUGGUUCCCAGGUCAUAGUGCCGCCACUUAAUUUUUUGAAAUUUAAUCUCUUCUCUUCGGGAGGCGACUACUAUGGAACACAUGUGUUCCAUUGGUACUUCAGCCAAGGUUUUCCAUCGAUGAUUUGGACUUUCUUACCGUUUUCAAUUUCUGGAAUUAUGAAGUCUCGAGAAUGGAGGCUUGCAGGUCUUAUUGUCUGGGUAUUAGCAGUUUAUAGCAUACUUGGACAUAAAGAAUUCAGGUUUGUUCUCCCGGUGCUUCCUUUGAUGUUUAUGUUCUCAGGAUACAACUUAGCUGCAAUGGCACAAUUCAAGGGAAAAGGUCGCAGUGAGAAAGGCCACCUUUCAAGGUUUCAGCUUUCUGUCAUUCUGCUUAUCUUAACAAAUGUUCCAAUGGCUUUAUAUAUGUCCUUGUACCAUCAGAGAGGAACUGAAGAUGUUAUGUUUUACCUGUCACGAGAAGCCCAAGAUGGAAGAGUAAAGAGUGUCCUCUUCCUUAUGCCUUGCCAUUCAACACCUUAUUACUCUACAUUACAUUACAACCUGCCUAUGCGCUUUUUGGACUGUACUCCUAGCGAAAAACAAAGGGACCUUGGAUGAGUCAGAUCGUUUCCUCAUGAACCCAUCAGAUUUUGUGGGCAAGGUUUUUGGAAAUUUAUCUUCUUUCAGUCACAUUGUAUUAUUUGAGUCUGAAGAAAGGCAUCUCAAGUUGCUUCUGCACAAUUCUUUUAGAGAGGCUAGGAGAUUUUUUCACUCCCACUUCAAGGUUGAUAGAGACCUUCAGUCAUCAGUUGUAGUUUAUUCACGGAUGAAUGUAUUGUGAUUGCUGUGGCAGAAAAGGCCUGUUACUUCGUUAGUCUACUAUCUUGUCUAACAAUUUCUAAUCAUGUUUUGGCCUUCUUUAAUUUGUCAUUCAAUAAAUGAUCUGUAACUUGGGCCUUUAUUUUGAGAGAGAGAAUUUUUCCCAUCCUUUAUGAUGCGAUUCUAUGUCGAUGUAUUGGCGGCAACUUCCAUGGUGAAAGUAGGACAAACCACCUGGUAAAAAACAAAGAAGGGCUCUCUCUUUGGAUCUGUACUUUGAGUCCCAGGCCCGCAGUAGCAAUGGUAGCCCCCAAUUGUGUUGUCGCAGAUUCCAUGGCAGUACUGACCCGGAGAUUCGCACUCGUUGAUAUCUGUUGACGCCAUGGAAAAGUAGCAAAACAACUGAAGAUCAAUGCACAGAUGGACAUAAGGUGAACUUGAAAAAUAGAAGUGAAUUGCAGUGAGUUGGUUACCUUGGCACCCUCCUUCCAGGUACGGGUUGCCUGCAAACCCAUUGUUGCAGGCACAGAGAUACCCGGUAGCAUUUGGUGAGUUGAUGCAGCUGCUGUUCGUGCUAACACAGGCAUAUGAUGUCCUGUUCUUGGGCGCUUGGGCACAUGAUUCUCUUCCAGCAACCCAAUCAAGCACAGUGGGAACCCCUUUGUACUUGUCUGUGAACUUGUGACCUUCUAGGUAAUCAGGCUCAAACCUGAACCAGUCUUGCUCGGCAACGAAGGCAUAACUGCAUGGGUUGAAGCUGUUCACCUCAGAAUUGUUGAACCUGCUGUCGAAUGUCACGUUUAAGGAGGUGAGAUUUGGUGCAAUAGAUGUCUGGCAACAGCCCAUGCCGGAGCACUGGCCGCUACUGUCCACACUCUGCUUGUCGGGGCACAUCGAGAAGCACCCAGCCCCAACGUUCUGUUCUUCCUCGUUGUAGCCCCCCAGGAAUGCAAGGGUAUUGCAUCCAACCACCGUUAACUUGUUAGCCCUGCUGGAUAAUGUGAAAAAAGGAGCAGUAGAUGUUGAUACCCAACCAUCUGUUGAAGUGCCAUCUGUGUUGUUGGAGCACUUGUCGGCGAUGAAGGUGCUGACUUGAGCCUGCCCUCCAAUCAGAUUGAGGCUGUAGAUCUCCAUGUUGCUGCUUGAGUUAUGCAUGUAGGUGCGGUUCUCCUCGCAUGAAACGUCGAACCCAUCAGUGUAGAAGCAACCAGCACCGAUGCCGAAGGGGUAGGGAAUGGUGAGGUUGCCGCAUGUUCCUCUGCAUCUAGGCUUAGCCAUCCUGGAUGCUGCACUGAAGCUGAUGGUUGCUAGCAGUAGGGUGGUUGCAAGGAUCAUCCAUGGUACUACUCCAGUCAUCUCUCUGUAUGUCUUGUAUUAUGAUUCUCCUAUAGGUUCUAGUUCUCUUCUAACUGAGCUAUGCUUAUAUAAUGAAGCAAGCCUCUGGAGGUCCA